AUGUCAACUUCACAUCUCUCCCCACUCUCUGCGUCGCUUCUGCUCAGCAUCGCAUGCAUAGUCGUUGUCUACCUCCGCUCCCUCGCUGAUUGGCGGGCACGUACUAAAGGCCGGCCUUUGCCCCCGGGCCCUUCGCCGCUUCCCGUGGUGGGCAACCUGCUCAACACUCCGACCGUCAAGCCGUGGGUCGCAUUCCGCGAUGUUUGCUCCACUUACGGGAGAAUCGUGCACUUUCGUGUCUUCGGACAGUCCAUCGUUGUCCUCGGAAGCGCGGACGUCAUCUUCGAGUACCUGGAGAAGCGUUCCUCGAACACUUCCGGACGGAAGCAGUCCCCGCUGAUCGAACUCACCGGGAUCUACUCGAGCUUCGCGUUCAUGCAAUACGGGCAGUACUGGCGCCGUCACCGCAAGGCGUUCUGGCAGUUCUUCCACCGUGAUGCAAGCAUCAGUUACCAACCAAUCCAGCGUGUCAUCACGCACAAGUUUUUAGAGCUGCUUCUCGACGACCCUAAAGAGGUCGUCGAGCAUAUCCGGUACACCUUUGCUGCCACCGUCCUCAGGGUGAUCUAUGGAUAUCAGGCCGAGGAGGAAAAUGACCAAUUCGUCGCGCUCGCCGAAAGCGCAAUGGAAGCGGUCGCUCAGGGCCUGGUUCCAGGGAAGUUCCUCGUGGAAAACAUUCCAGCGCUGCAAUACCUCCCGUCGUGGUUCCCGGGUCAAGGUUGGCAGAAGCUCUUUGCCAAGUGGCGGGCGGCGCGGGACCGCGCGAAGAACCUGCCUCUCGACUUCGUCAAGAGUAGGAUGGACAAGGAAGAAGUCCGGGACUCGAUCGUCGGCCAGCUUCUCACUGAAUGCGACCAAACGGAGAAGAAACCUCAAGACGAAACCGAGGUGAUCAAGAACGUCGGGGCUGUCGCGUUCGAAGCCGGUGCCGACACCACGUGGGCGACCCUUCAAGCUGCGUUCCUUGCGCUUGCGCUCAACCCUGACGUGAAGAAGAAAGCGCAGAAUGAACUCGACGCCGUCGUUGGCCCCGGCCGGCUUCCCGACUAUAGCGACCAGGAGUCUUUGGUUUAUGUUAGCGCCAUCGUGAUGGAAGCCCUGCGCUGGCACAACGUCGUGCCUCUUGCCGUGCCUCACCAGACCACUGAAGACGACGAGCUACACGGCUACUUCAUCCCAGCAGGCACCAUCGUGAUCCCAAACACCUGGGCAUGCAUGCACGAUCCGGAAGUCUUCCCGGACCCAGAAGCCUUCCGCCCUGAACGCUUCAUCAAGGACGGGAAGCUCGACGUCAGCAUCCGCGAUCCGACCACGUUCUCGUUCGGCUACGGGAGAAGAAUAUGCCCCGGGCGGCACUUCGCGCUCGCUGCGCUGUUCAUCAACAUCGCCUCCGUGCUCCACGUUUUCGACCUCUCGCCCGCCGUGGACGAGAACGGACGGCCGAUCCACAUCACACCCACGAUGUCCGACGGGUUCCUAUCUUACCUUGAAGACAGUCGGUGCACGAUCAAGCCACGGUCCGCAGAGGCGGAGGCGUUGAUACGCGCCAACGCCGCGGCCGCUCGAGUUCAAAUGCACGCGUGA